AUGAAGACCGUUAUUGUUUGCCUGCUUGCCUUGACGGCUGUGGCCCUCGCUCGCCCUGAACAGUACACAGACAAAUACGACACUGUCGAUCUGGACCAGCUCAUAUCUAACCGUCGGCUCCUCAUUCCCUACGUACAUUGCAUCCUCGAAAAGGGCCAAUGUACCGCAGAAGGCAAGGAACUUAAAUCUCACAUCAAGGAAGCUCUCGAGACCAACUGUGCUAAAUGCACCAAAGCGCAAAAGGGUGGAACCGAAAAGAUGAUUGGUCACCUCAUCAACCACGAAGCCGAGUUCUGGGAGGAGCUGAAGGCCAAAUACGACCCCACCAACGAGUUCACAAAGAAAUAUGAAACUGAACUCAAACGCGUUACAGCUUAA